AUGAGUUCGUUCUUGUUUUACAUAUUGUUAUUAUACAUAAGGCCAAUUUCGUCUAAGUUGAUAAAUCACGGGGGUGUGUCACUCACCACGGAGCUGAUGCCACACACAGAGGAGAACAAAUCGUUAAAAUAUAGCAGGAAUAACAUAUAUGGGCUUGAUGGAUCAUCAAGUGGAAACUUUUUUGAGAGCGAAAAAGACCAGGAAGGCAGACCGAUAGAUAAAUAUAAAACUUUAAAGGAAGGAUCAGACACUAAAGAUGAAAAUAACAAUCGAACUCCCACUCAAAUUGUGCGAGCGAGAACGUGUAUGGUGUGCCCGUUAAUGAUGACGAGUUCAGUGAAAAAGGCACUAAAACAUUCGUUAAGAGCGCUGAAGCUGUUCCUAGUGCCGUCGCACUUUUCUAAGACGGGGCUGCAAACACUCUACAUCACCACGGGCCUCUCAACGGUGGUUAGCCUAAUCCUAGUGGCAGUGGGACUCUCGGAAAACGUGUUCAACGAAUUGAGGACGAACUGGGCGUUCCAGGGAGAAAUGCUCAAGUGGAACGUGGAGACGUACACGAGGCUGGGAAUGCUACUGAUGUCAGUGGACCUGCUCUUCAAGGUCGUGGUCCUGCGCCUAAACCUGCUGAAGAGCCUCAAGGACUCGAACUUCUUCGAAACGGUAAACUGGAUGGGCACGAACCUGGGCAGGGCGGACGACACGAAGCUGAAGAAGCUGUUCGGAGCGCUCACGAACGGCUUCGUGCUGACGAAGAUGGGACUGAUGACGGCGCUGCACUACCUGUUCAUGAAGAGCAACUGGAACACGGGCGCCUUCAUCCUGGACAGGGAGGGCUCGAGGUCAGCAACCCAGGCGGCCUUCGGGCUCCUGCUCUUCGGCCUGUUCGAGUACGCGGUCGACUCACUCAACUCACAGCCGGUGAGCAGACUGACAAACGUGGAACACCUGCUGGAGCCGCUGGCGUUCAGAGCGAACCAGGUGCAGCGGGAGUUGAACCAGGAGCUCAUGGACGCGUUCCACAGGCUCCCUGGCUUCCUGCAGGGGCUCAUGAAAAAGAGGUCGCGCCUCUUCCUGAAGCUCAAGAACCUGAACGAGGGCCUGAAGCUCAUGUACUCGCCGGACCUGGAGACGCUGGUCCUCCUGCUCAACACCGUGAUGGCGUUCUACUCGAACAGCGCCGCGGGGAUGUACUUGGUAACCUGGCAGUACCUGGCCUCAAUCGUGGUGGACGUGCUGAACGACACGGAAAAGUCGGUACUGACCAAGGGAGGAUCUCACGACAGCUUGGGCCUGCUGAGCGCGACCGUCUCCGUCGGCCCCUUGGCCUUACUUUUCACUUAUCACUCAUAUGGUUGUAGUCCGAUGAAGGUUAAAAACUACUUUUUCACCACCCACUUUUGGGGGCCCGUCGCGAAUUGGGGCUUCGUGAUCGCCGGGAUCUCGGAGAUGUCCAAGAAUCCCGAGCGAAUAUCUCCCAGGAUGACCGGGGUCCUCUGCGUUUACAGCAUCCUGUUCAUGCGCUUCGCGCUCGUGGUGAAGCCGCGCAACCUUCUUCUCUUCAGUUGCCACUUUUGCAACUCCUCCGUCCAGGCCUACAACUACUACAGAAGAGCAAAAGGCUCCAGUCUAUCGCAGCGUGACCUCUCGUCACCGGACACGGACCCGUGCACGAUUGGCUCUGCGCUCCUCCGGCCGCCGCCUCCAUGGUCCGUCGGCAAUGGUCGCACAGAAGACCCUCCUCCACGUCCUCCCUGUAAAGCCAGCACCUAA